GGCGGAUCCCAGGACACGUGGUUCGUUCCCGGGGACCCCACCCGCUCGCGGACUCUUCAUUGCACGCGGGCUUAAGCUCGCAGGUGGUUGCGACCAUGACGAUGACCCUCUUGGAGGACUGGUGCCGCGGGAUGGACGUGGACAUCCACCGGGCCCUCCUGGUCACGGGCAUCCCGCAGGACUGCGGCCCGGAGGAGAUGGAGGGGACCCUGAGCAGGGCCCUCUCCCCGCUGGGCCCGUACCGCGUGCUCAACAAGAUCUUUGUGAGGAAGGAGAACGCCAAAGCCGCCCUCCUCGAGGUGGGCGAGGGGGUGAGCCUGAGGGCCGUUCCCCGGGAGUUUCCGGGAAGAGGAGGUGCCUGGAGGGUGGUCUGCAGGAACCCCACCCAGGAUGCCGAGUUUUUAAAGAACCUGAACGAGUUCCUGGAUGCCGAGGGGCGCACCUGGGAGGACGUGGUCCGCCUGCUCCAUCUCAACGACACCCCCGCGCCCCGGAACCGGAACCAGAACCCGCCUCUGGGGAACUGGGUAGAAGCUUUGGGGGCGCUCCUGGGGACCGUGAUGCAAGUCAUCGUCCACCUGGACUCAGAGCUCCGCAGCCAGGAGGAAGCCAGGGCCCAGGAGGCCUACGCCCUGGCCAUGGCAGCGUCAGCCGCCGGGAGGAAGGGCCGGAAGGAGCCGGGCAGGGCUGCCAGGGCGUGCUCUGUCCUGACCAGGGGGAACCCAGGCAGCUGGGCUGAAGUGGAAGGUGAAGGCGACCCUCCCAUACCUGUGGUUCGGAAGGCUAGAGCCAAGUCUCGCUCCAGGAGAAGGAAGCAGAAGAAGAGCCCCAGGCAGGAACCAGUGCCCUGGAAGAAACCCAAAGGCCACCAUGCCAGCAGCCCGGCCUCCCCCGAGGGUCCUGAGGCUGACGGUGGGGACAGCGGGCAAGUCCCCGAGUGUCCCAGGAGCAGCAGGAAGCCCCGUGUGAAGCGGGUGGCCGCGGCCGGGAAGAAGCCUGCGGAGAAAUGCCCCUGGGAGGCUCCCAGACACGCCCCCCAGGAUGCCCGGGCAGAAGCUGCGGGCCCCGAAGUCGCCUCCGACUCAGACCAGGACGAUGGUCCCGAGGAACCGCCAAGCAAGAAGGCCAUGGGCUGGGCCUCGGCAAAGAGCCCGGGCUGCACGAGGAGGAGGAGGAAGAAGAAGGUGAGCUUGGGCCCCAUCUCUUACGUCCUUGUCGAUGUGGAAAGAGCCAAGAAGACGCCAUCGAUUCCAAAGAAAGGGCCGGGCCUGCGAAGGGGUGUGUCAGGCCAGAGGGCCCUUCGGGGCUCACAGCGCGUGGAGUCACCUGCCUCCGCCUCACAGGGUACACCGGCCAAACCAGAAGGCCCUGCUCCAGAACCCAGGAAACUUUGAGAUGGGACCUCGGAGCUGAAAGAAGACCAAGGAAGAGCUUCCAAGUUGGGACCAAAGCUUUCUCUUGUUACUGAAUGAACCAAGACUUUUGACCCACUGGGGAGAAAUCGGUUCUUGGAAGUAAAUGUACCUGAGAUCUUAGGUGGAAGGAAUAAGGGAGGGAGGUAUUGAAACCCUAAGCUUUUUUCUCUGCCAGGCCCACUUUCCCACCUCCUCGUAGGCUCACCUUCCAGGUUGGUGAGCCAAUAGAUUGGGAAGAUUCUAGAAUAUUCACCUUGACACAUGGGCAAGGUCACCGUUAUGCUUGUCCAUGUGUGACCUUUCUCCCCCUCCCUGCUGCUUCUGAGUGGUCGGCUGACCUCUACAGGGCCUGGCGUUCUCCCUCCACCUUCUCUCCCUUCACCUUCUCUGAGCUUUGAUGGCGGGUAGGUUAAGCCAGGAUCUCUGAUGCAGACCCGCCUUCCUUGCUCCUCCCAGCCUUCAACUUCCAUCCUCCAGUUAUCUGACCCGAGGUGGUCAGGUCCCAAGACUUAGUGCUGGGGAGAAAGAAUGGCCUUGAAGUAUUUGAGUUUUAAUUUGUGUUAGUAAAAAUGGCCCUUGGGAUGAAACCCUGUCAGGAACCCGCAGGGAGGAGGGUGUGAUUGGUAGGGAGGGACUCGGGCUGUCCCGGCUUCCCUGCCCUGAGUCCAUCUAACGCCACCAAACUCAACACUUUUGAGGCUGAAGACACUUCUCACAUUGUAGUAAAAGGGAAAAUAGUCUAAAAAUCUGGUUGUCAAUUUCUGGCCUCUGACUAGACCAGAAUAGCAUGUCUCCUGUGUAUGGGGGCCUGGGGUGAGGGGAGCGGCUCCCUGAGAUCAUUGGUUUCUAAACUAUCCUGACGAGGCCCAAGAUGUGCUCAAAGAUGUAAUCCGAACCUCCUGUUUUUUCAUUUAAAAACCCACUGAGAAAUGGGUACUCGCGUGUCAUCGGCCAAACCCAUCACAUUGGAGACUCAAAAUAUGACCUUGAGUUCAUGUGUUAGCUUGUUUCUGUACAGGUCUCGUGUUCGUUGUUUCUGCCACUUAUUUGCAUAUAAGUGCAUUUCCUGUACGCGUGACUGAUACCACCUGUAAACGUCACUGCAGUGGGAGACUUCAGCCCCGUGCAUGCCUAUAAUGUCGCUUUGUAAUUCGCGUGCUCUGCCCCGCUCCGUUCUCAGUCGUGUGAUAGCAAGUCGGUGCUUUGCCGUGGUCCACAGUAAUAAUAUUCUGUCAGAGAGAGUUGAGCCCUUUUAUGUUUUCAGAGUCUCUCUUCUGACUUCAGUUCUUGUGAUAAAGAAUGUGAACAGUUGUUAGAUGUCAUCAUUCAACUUGGAAAACAAACUUCUUGUGACAAGUCCUUGCAAAUCCCUGGGUGAAGAUGCAGAACAGAAGAACGCGGUUUCAGUCGCAGCUGCUCCUCUGUGUGCGGAACACGGGCGGGUGGACUCGCGGCUGAGGGAAGCCCGCAGCUCUCCAGCAGCUGAUUUCAAAGUCAGGUCCUCUGGAGCUCAUCGCGUUACCAUGUAGAUACCACGAUUAGGAAUUGUCAGUGUAAAUGUUACGAAAUAAAGGUUAGCAGUUCAAAUACUGA